UCUUUCAAAACUGCACGUCCGGACAACACUCGCAUUCCUCUUGUUGUCGAGUCAAUCAAUGAGCAACUGAACCCCCGGCUUGUUUCCUGUAGUCUUCACCGUUCACCUACAUUUUUUCGUACAGGGAGCAAUCUUCGGCAUCUUCGGUCGACUCUACGAUCAGUUCUCUUCGUCAUGGCUUCGUCGGUUUCGCCGGAGAAAUCACCCGGAUCGGACAUUUCGAAGCAGACGGUUGUUUCUCUGGAUCCGCCAAAGCCAGCAAAAGCAGAACAGGGAACGGACGGAACAAUGGAUUCCAAACCGAAGAAGCGGAUUCUCACACCACGGAGAAUUGGGCUGGUAUUGCUCCUGAUAGCCAUCGGAGCAGUUCUUGGCGGUGUCUUCGGUGCAAGAGAAAACGCAAGGAUCAAGGCGAGAAAGAAUUGGUAUCCGGUCUACUCCCAAAUCGACUACGAGCUCAUGGAUACAUAUGAAGGUGCCGGCUUCUUCGACGACUUCCACUACUUUGACGAAGAAGACCCAACCCACGGCUUCGUCAACUACACGAAUGCUACAACUGCAACCGCCUCCAACCUAACGCAAGUAACCACCUUCACACCUCCCGACUCCAUCCAUCCGAACAACGGCACAGCCAUACUCCGCGUCGACAACAUCACCCGAAACACAACAACCGGCCGCCGCUCCGUCCGCAUAACCUCUAAACGCACAUGGUCCACCGGUCUCUUCCUCUUCGAUGUCAUUCACGCUCCCCACGGCUGCGCAACCUGGCCGGCCCUCUGGCUCUCCGACAUCCCCGCCUGGCCCGAACAUGGCGAAAUUGACGUCUUCGAGUCCGUAAAUGCAGUAACCACCGGUAAUCACGUCACACUGCACACCUCAAAAGGCUGCCGUAUCGGUAUAGAUCGCCGCCGGAAGCAGACUGGCAAGGCACUAACGUACGACUGCUGGAACGCUACAGAUGGUAAUGUCGGAUGCGGUGUCCAAGGUCUUUCAGCCUCAUCCGGCCCUGAAUUCAAUGCCCAGGGGGGUGGUGUAUAUGCAGUGGAACUCCGCGUUGAAGGCAUUCGUGUGUGGCUAUUUGACCGUCAUGCCAUCCCCCAGGAUGUUCGCGACGGUAAUCCGGAUCCGAUCUUGUGGGGAACCGCACUCGCAGAUUUCCCGCGUACAGAGUGUGAAGUGGAGAAGUACUUUCGUGAUUUGAGUAUUGUGGUUAACAUUUCGCUGUGUGGUGAUUGGGCGGGUAGUGUGUUUGGGAAGCAGAAAGAUGGGUGCGAUGCGACAGGCUUGAGUUGCGAGGACUUCGUAAGAGAUUUUCCGGAGAUGUUCGGUCAGGCUUAUUGGGAGUUCGGUGGGUUCAGGGUAUACCAGGCGAAGAGAUGA